CAUGUAUAUGUCUAUAUAUAUAUAUGUAUAUUCAUGUGUAUAUAUAUAUAUAUAUAUAUAUUAAAUACUACGCAUAUACCGUUUUUGUAUAAACCGAUGUGGCAUGUCUAGCUUUCUAUCUCAGUGCCUUCUAAUUGUGGUUUUUCUGUUGAUGCCUGCGAAUGUGUGGUCUUCAUUUGCUUUACUGCCUGCGUAGGUGUCUUCAAGAGACGAAUCUGCGAUUGAAGCUGCCUCUACGUCGCAACAUUGGCAUGGCUCGGAUUAGUCAUAUCUACACCGAUACCUACGUUUCUCAGUACACGUAUAAAGUAUCAGGUCCUGUCAUAUCUGCAUAAGAUUCCUACGUCUAUCGGUACACGUAUAUAAUAUCAAGUCCUGUCAUAUCCGCAUAAGAUUCAUGUCUUGGUCUGCUGGUACUAACCCAAACCCAUGUCGCAGGAAACGCCCGAGAAUCGCCAGACCGUGCGGCUGAUGCUGAAGGAUCUCAUUCGCGCGCAGAAACACACCACCGGCACGGCCCACGAGUUUGUGUCGUCGACAACCAAUUUAUUCGAGUCGAUUGUUAAAACAGAGACGAAAGGCAGCGUGGUGCCAGAGGAAAUGGCGGCGCCUGAUGCGGCUAAGCAACGAGCGAAGAAUGCCCAGAUCACCACAUUACUGGACGAUUUCGACGACUUUCUUGAGGAGAAAUUACCGCUAUUCGACGCCUUGAAUGACAGAGCAGAGGCAUCACAAACAAGGCCAAUUAUGAGAGCUAACGCACAACGUAUGACUAAGACACGAGGAUGAAAAGUCGUAUUGAGUUAUAUUAAAUACUAUACCUACAGACACAUAUAUAUGUGUGGUGGUCGCGAGUGUAUUCUAGUCUACAUAGGCCAGCGCGGGCAGCCUAAGGACGGUGAGCAUAACAGUUGCGGAUGAAUGCCACGUGUGCAAAAGUUGUGAGGCGUCCGUAUCGAGCUUUUACGUAAACAUACACACUUGCUAGGAGCUCCAUUGCUGAGGUUUUGUGAACCGGACUCUCACUUAUGAUCGAUGAGUCAGUAUGCAAACCUCCAUCUUAUUACAGAGGACGCAAACUAGUUUGACAUGUUGUAGCGUUCAAAAUUGAGAAAACACAAAACUUAGAAAAGGCUGAAAGCCGGGAAUUCCAAAUAAAGGAGAGCCAAUUGCUCAAAUCGAAAC